CGACUCCCGAGGUGCCUCGCGGCCUAGAGUCAGAGAGGCCCGGAUCCGGAACCGGGUGUGGCUUGCUGCUCCGUGGCGGAGCGGGAGCGCGGCGGAAAUGGCCACGGGGACAGACCAGGUGGUGGGACUCAGCCUCGUGGCCCUUAGCCUGAUCAUCUUCACCUACUACACCGUCUGGGUGAUUCUCUUGCCGUUCAUCGACAGCGAGCAUAUCAUCCACAAGUACUUCCUGCCCCGAGCCUACGCCAUCGCCAUCCCCUUGGCUGCGGGCCUGCUGCUGCUGCUUUUCAUGGGACUGUUCAUUACCUACAUGAUGCUGAAGAACCGGGGGUUAACCAAGAAGGCUCAGUGAAGGCCCACCAGCAGUGAGGCUGUGGCUCCUCUCCAUCCCCACCAGGGACCAAAGGUCAGAGCCUGAGGACAGUCUGGGCUCAGUGGCCUCUGCAGCCCUCAGAAGAUGGAACUGCUUGGGACUCACCCCUGACGGACCCGUGCCCCUUCCUCCCCCAGCCAGCAGCGAGAGGACCUGGUGGAUUCCCUGUUACUUUGUUCUUUGGGGUGCACCCUCUUCCCUCAGUUUCCCUCCUGUCACAUGCUGAUGUUGGGUUUAGCUGGUCCUGAUGGCACAUGACCUUGCCCUCCACAGUGGCAGCUUUUCUGAGUGUGACACAGUCCAGACCCCUGGACCUGGAAAGCCUGGGGAAGCACGGAGAGCCCAGAUCCACUGGGGCACAGUUGUGUAGCCACACUGGGCGCCCAGCUGACCACUCUUCUUGGAGGCCCAACUCCCAGGCCCAGUGCUGGGGUGCUUGGGAGACAUUGGCAAUAAAUGUUGAUCCAACAUU